AUGGCGGAGUCGGCGCCCCGGUACAAUGCGAGCAACGCCGCGGUGAAGCGCAUCAUGCAGGAGGUGCGGGAGGUACAGAAGGAGGGUGGCAGCGACUUCAUGGCAGAGGCGCUCGAGUCCAACCUGUUCGAGUGGGUCUUCGCCGUGCGCGGGCCCGCGGAGGGCGGCUUCACGGGGGGUCUUUACCUCGGCCGCAUUUCACUCCCCCCGGAGUACCCCAUGAAACCCCCCUCCUUCAUCUUCGCGACGCCCAACGGCCGCUUCGCCGUCGGCCAGAAGAUCUGCCUCUCCAUCUCCAGCCACCAUCCCGAGGAGUGGCAGCCGUCGUGGGGCGUCUGCACCGCGAUGGUCGCCCUGCGAGCAUUCUUUGCCACGCCGGGCAACGGCGCGCUGGGCUCCCUCGACGCGUCGGAGACGGACCGCGCGGAGCUCGCGGCGGACUCCCGCAUGCAGCCGCCACGCAUGCCGUCCGCGGAGAUGCAGGAGAUCGCGGACCGGCUGCACGCCGCCAUGCUCGCGGCGGAGGCGGCGGAGCUGCAGCGACGCAUGCAACAACAACAACAGCAACAGGGCGGCGCGCGGCCGCAGUCCAGUCAGACGGAGCGCGACGCCGGCGCCGGCGACGCCGCGGCUGCGUCCGCAGCGCCGCCGCCCGACACCGCCGCCCCCGUGGGCGAGGUUGCGGCUGCGACGCCGCCUGCGACAGCGGGGGGGGUGUCGGCGGCGCCGCGUGACGAGGACGGCGAACGUGCGACUCCGCGGGCGUCUGACACGGCAGAGCGCGGCGAGGGCUCUCAGGGGCCGUCGCCGGCCGCGGCGCCCGCGGGCCCGUCCGAGUCUGACAGCGGCGCAAAAGACCCCCCGAUUCAGUUCGUCAGGCAGCGCGACGCGACGGGUCCGCGCGCGCCGGGCACAUCCGGCGCGAUGCGCCCGCGCGAGCCCGAGCCCGCGACGCCCUCGGCGCCCGCGGCAGCCCCCCACGCAGACGCCACACCCCGCACACCCAGCACACAGACCCCUCCGCCCGCCACCCCCGACCCCGCCCCCGCCGCGGCUCCGGCGCCGCCCGCCGCCGCCGCGCGACAGCCCACGCCUGCCGCGGCCCCGUCGGACCCCGUCGACACGGCCCUCGCCGUCCUGUCGUACCUCAUCGCAGCCGCGAUGGUGGUGCUGCUGGUGCGAAUACUGCUGCGGGCCGCGGUGCAGGUGGACACGCGGGAGGCCGCGGGGCACUCGGAGCUGUAG